GCGUGAUAUUCCCUCUCAACUUUUUUCAGCUAUAUACAUAUUCAUAUUCAUAUACAUAUACAUAUAUACACACAUUCUUCUUAAUAGGAUCAACGCGGAGAGCCGCCCGUUUUUCAAUUUUUUCAAUUAAUUAAAAAUUUUCGUCUGCUCGAUUUUAAGAUGGAAUCUGAGCAGCAAUCUGAUGUUUUGGAUGCAAAUGAACGUACAAAUACCGACUGUAAAGCAACCUCAGAAGAAAGCAAUUCCUAUGAAAAUAAACCUGGAGAGAUCCUCAAGAACUUGCAGAAUGUCUUGUAUAUCUAUAGACAAGAUGUCAUCAGAAGCAAAACUAAGGCUCAAAUUGGUAUAGUGACUGAAGUUGCUGGGGAUUCAGAUUCGGAUAGCAGCAUGACUGAUGAUGAAGAUGAAGAAGAAGAAGAAGAGAUUGAUAAUGAAAAAGAUGACGAGGCGGAUUUUAAUGAGGAAGGUGAUUUAGAAAAUGACAAAAAUUCUGUAGAGAAUGCUGUUGAUAGUAAUGAAAGCAAUGACUCUAAGAACAACCCACUCACUGCUGACCAAGUUAGGGUGCUUUGGAUGGAUGGGGCUGAAACGACUGAAACUACUAACGACGUGGAAGUUAUUGAUAGAGGAUUUUUACAUGGAGACUAUGUGGCUGCUGCAUCUGAUCCAACUGGACAAAUAGGUAUUGUGGUUGAUGUGAAUAUCAGUGUCGACUUGUUAACACAUGAUGGAUCUGUAAUAAGGGAUAAGCCAUCCAGAGACCUGAAGCGCAUAAGAGAUUUCACUAUUGGGGAUCAUGUGGUUCUUGGGCCUUGGCUAGGUAGAAUCGAAGACGUUUUUGAUAAUGUCACUGUUCAGCUGGAUGAUGGUUCUGUGUGCAGAGUGAUGAAAGCUGACCCACUACAUCUUAAACCGGUUGGAAAGAAUAUACUGGAAGAUGGACAUUUCCCGUACUAUCCAGGUCAACGCGUGCAAGCAACCUCUUCAUCAGUUUUCAAGAAUUCUCGGUGGUUAUCUGGGUUAUGGAAAGCUAACCGGCUAGAAGGUACAGUAACCAAAGUUACUGUAGGAUCAGUGUUCAUUUACUGGAUUGCAUCUGCUGGUUAUGGGCCUGAUUCAGCUACUACACCCGCCGAAGAGCAGAGCCCGAAGAACUUAAAGCUACUAUCUUGUUUUGCACAUACAAAUUGGCAGUUGGGUGAUUGGUGCCUACUCCCGUCUUCCAAGGAGUCAUCAGUUACAACCUUGAACAAGGGAUCAAUCAAAGCAGAUUCCCAUGAUUCUACUAAGGGUGAGCAUGAAUCUACUGAAACAGGUGAUGAUUCUGAUGCAGAAAUGGCCACUACGGAGCAAUCUUCUGUGAAUAAUAAAUCAAUUGAAAAUGAUUUAGAUGCUUCCUUGGGCCAAAAUGGUGAAACAUCAGAAAAUAAGACCUUUGCUGAAGAUUUAAGCAAUAGUCCACUGCCAGCUUCGAAGGAAGUUCCCCAUGAAACUUGGCCCCUUCAUCGCAAGAAGAUUCGUAAAGUGGUAGUUAGAAAGGACAAGAAAGCCCGGAAGAAAUUAGAAAAUUUUGAAAGGGCUCUUUUAAUUAGCAAUACCUCUACCAAAGUUGAUGUUGUUUGGCAAGACGGCGUGAUAAAGCGUGACUUGGAUUCUACAUCUCUAAUUCCAAUUGAUAGUCCUGGAGAUCAUGAGUUUGUUGCAGAACAGUACGUUGUGGAAAAAGCUGCUGACAGUGAUGAUGCUGUUGAGACCAGACGGGUUGGCGUCAUAAAAAGUGUCGAUGCAAAAGACCGGACAGCCUGUGUUAGGUGGUUGAAGCCCGUUGCAAGGGCGGAGGAUCCAAGAGAAUUCGAUAAAGAAGAAAUGGUGAGUGUUUAUGAGCUAGAGGGGCACCCUGAUUAUGAUUAUUGUUAUGGAGAUGUAGUUGUUAGGCUGUCACCUAUUUCCAUACCAGACAAAAUGGAUUCUGUUGAAAAUGUGCCUAUAAGUAAUCCAGACGAGCUGAAACAAGAAAAUGGGGAGCAUAAUGAAUGGGAAUGUACUGAAACCACGCUUGAUCAUGACGAAUCUACUGAAUUUUCCGAUCUCUCUUGGGUUGGGAACAUCACGAGUUUGAGAGAUGGUGAUAUAGAAGUCACGUGGGCUGAUGGAAUGAUAUCAACGGUUGGUCCUCAGGCGAUAUAUGUCGUCGGCCGGGAUGAUGAUGAGUCCAUUGCUGCUGGAAGUGAUGGCAGUGAUGAUGCAGCUAGCUGGGAAACAGUUGAAGAUGACGCGGACAGUGUCAAUAAUCCUGAGGACCAUGGAAUGGAAAAUGCGGUUGACAGUGGGCCUGAGAUUGAAGAUGACACCAUUGAUGCAGAAAAUUCUGGAAAGAAUGGAGCUCUUUCUAUUCCGCUAGCUGCAAUUGGUUUUAUGACUAGACUAGCCUCUGGAAUAUUUUCAAGGGGACGAAGAAACUCCGACCCAUUAGACAACGAGAUAAAAAAUGACGAUGAUCUUACUUUGAAUAAAGAUCCCGACAGUGGAUCAAGCUCUCAUAAACCAUAUGAUAUCGAGGAACACCUUGCCAAGUUAACUACUAAGUGUGAGGGGGAGGAACACGAGGCUGCUGAGGCCUCCGAUCUGUUAGAAAUCGCUGAGACGUUGUGUAACUUAAAACCACCAGUACCAAAUGCAUCUGCACGUGAAGAGUUUAUUUCAGCAUUCAAAGGCUUCGAUAUAGUUAGAGAUCCUUUAGACCAUCACUUUCUUGGUUCACAGAAUCAGAACAAUGCUACGAGGAAGUGGCUCAAGAAAGUUCAACAAGAUUGGGACAUUCUUCAAAACAAUCUGCCGGAGGAUAUAUAUGUACGUGUCUAUGAAGAUAGAAUGGAUCUUUUGAGAGCUGUGAUAGUUGGAGCUUACGGGACUCCGUAUCAGGAUGGACUUUUCUUCUUCGAUUUUCACCUUCCUCCUGAAUAUCCAGACGUUCCUCCUUCUGCAUACUACCACUCCGGAGGGUGGCGAAUAAAUCCAAAUUUAUACGAGGAAGGAAAAGUUUGCCUCAGUCUCUUGAAUACAUGGACAGGUAGAGGAAACGAGGUCUGGGAUUCUUCAACUUCGAGCAUUCUUCAAGUACUGGUUUCACUCCAGGGCCUAGUAUUAAAUUCAAAACCGUAUUUCAACGAAGCUGGAUACGACAAACAAGUCGGGACAGCUGAAGGGGAGAAGAAUUCUCUGUCCUACAAUGAGAAUACAUUUUUAUUGAAUUGUAAGACAAUGAUGUAUCUGAUUCGGAGGCCCCCAAAGGAUUUUGAAGACCUCGUCUCGGAGCACUUCAGGAAGCGCGGCCCUUACAUUCUCAAGGCAUGCGACGCUUACAUGAAAGGCAACCUCAUUGGCUCGCUCGCGAAAGAUGCCACUGCCGGUGAGACCAUCACCAACUCGAAUUCAGUUGGUUUCAAGCUAAUGCUUGCUAAAGUCCUACCGAAACUCGUAUCGUCCCUCAAUGACGUUGGAGCCGAGUGUCGAGAAUUCGAGCACCUGACACAGUUAUAGCAGCAGCAUUCUUUAAGGUACGCCUCUGCGUGAAGGCGUUGGCGUGCGUUUAACUCGAGACGUUGAUACGAUGUUAUCAUGCUUGUGUUUGAGCAAUCCGCAAGGAUUACUCUCAUCCAAUUGCAAAAUUUUUGUGAAUUGACAAAAAAAAGAUGAUCGAGAUCGUUUUUGUCGACUGUUUUUUUUUUGUUUCUGUUGUUUAGGAAGAAGCUGCAGGAGUUGGAAAAUGGUGAGGUAUAGAUGAAUUUUUGUUGUUGUAAAAUUCAGAUUGUUGAUUUCAGCUUCUGCUUGCUCACUAUACUAUGAAACAGAUGACAUUGGACCAGUAAUUAAAUUUAACAUUCUUUA